AUAGAACUUUUUUUGAUUGAAACGCGAAACAUGUGUUAUCGUAAACAUAAACAUUGAAAAUGUAAAACGUCAAAUAUGUUGAGCUGAACAGAAGUUAGUGAUUUUUCCAUAUCAAAUCUAAAUUUUGAAAUGGCCACUAGAAGCUUAACAGAUGUGUUCCUGUUGAUGAGGAACAAUGCUAUUAGAAGUAGAAACAUUUAUCCCGAUCAGGAUUCUUCAGAACGAAUGCACUUAGUAUCUCUGAAUGAAUUAGAAGAUGGCAUACACUCUAGAAACGAGAACUUAAUGCCUCCGAUAUGGAUAGACUACUUAGAAAAGGCUCAAAUGAUUAUUCCAAAACUGAAAGCCAAAAUAACAGACUUGAAAUCCCUGCAUUCCAGACAUUUACACAAGUCAACAUUCGACGAAAGCUCAGACGAUGAAGUUGCCAUCGAAAACUGUACGCAUGAAAUAACGAGGAUGUUCAACGAAUGCCAUCGGCUGCUGCAAAUAAUUAAAAGCCAUGCUUCAGAGGGAGUGUCCAAGGAAAAGCGACUCACAGUUAAUGUCUACACAUCGCUAGCUGUCGCUCUGCAAGAAAUGUCGACGUUAUUUCGUUCAACCCAAAAUGGCUAUCUGCGGCAGAUUCAGUCAAGAGAGGACAGAUCAAAAAUGUACUUUGACCAGAAUAUCGACCUUGAGGAUUUCAACGGUCAGGACAUGGAGGAUAUCGACUCUCACUUCGUAAAUUCCAAGCCCAUGUCGCAUCAGCAGCUGCUCAUGUUGGAAGAGGAGAACACGAGGUAUGCCCAGGAGCACGAGCAAGAAGUAAACGCCAUUGUUAAAUCCAUCCUGGAUCUGAACGAGAUUUUCAAAGACUUGAGCCAGAUGGUGGUGGACCAAGGUACUGUGCUGGACAGAAUCGACUUCAACAUCGAGCAGACUUCGAUGCAGGUACAGGAGGGGUUCAAACAGCUACAGAAGGCCGACGCAUAUCAGAGAAAAAACAGAAAGAUGUGCGCUAUCAUUGUUCUUGCUGGCACUAUUGUGAUGCUGUUUUUUAUACUGAUUAUUGUCAAAACCUAGUCAUUUCUGUAUAUAAGAUGGUUAUUUUAAGCAAAGUAUUAAACUCGGUGAUUUUAUUUAUUUAUCAAAGUAAA